CUGCACUCUAGCAAACCCUCCCACUUCAAACAACACUCUGGCAGUACUAGCACGGAUCCCUCCUUCUGUCCCCACACGCAAAUUCCAUUUUCACACCGGCUGCCUACUCCAGGCAUGGCUGACGGCUGUACCCAGUCAUGGCACUGCGACAUUACACCCUCGACUUCAACCUCUCAGCGCCAGAAAUGCCCCUCCCCCCUUUCUGUUUAGCAGACUGUCCAACGACUGUGCAUGGGCUGCAGUCUAUAUUUCAAGAACAGGAAAUGACAGAGACUGUCCAUGACACUGAGGGACAUGGAUAUCUUGCUACCUUCAUUGGCAAGAAUGGCAGGUUGGUUAUUCUGCGUGUGACCGCCCAUGGCCUGCUUACCAUUGAUCUGCAGUGUUGUGAAGGAGAUAACAUUGUACAAGUAGAGAAUCUUUUGAAUACACUGGAAGAGAAGCUGAGAAGUCUCCUACAUGGAAACAUUAAGAGGGUCAAGAGGCUCCCAGCUCUGACACGAGGUGCAGCUGUUGAUCGAUACUGGCCCACAGCAGACGGCAGACUGGUGGAGUAUGACAUAGAUCGGGUUGUAUAUGAUGAGGACUCUGCAUACCAGAACAUAAAGAUCAUGCACUCACAGCAGUUUGGCAAUAUCCUGAUCCUCAAUGGGGAUGUUAAUCUGUCAGAGAGUGACCUGCCCUACACCCAGGCCAUCAUGGGCAGAGGGCAAGAGAACUAUGCAGGGAAGGAGGUGCUGAUCUUAGGAGGCGGCGAUGGAGGAAUCCUCGCAGAGGCCGUCAAACUCAAGCCAAAGAUGAUCACCAUGGUGGAGAUCGACCAAAUGGUGAUUGAUGGGUGUAGAACACACAUGAGGAAGGCAUGUGGGAGUGUUCUGGACAACUUGAAGGGAGAAUGUUACCAGGUGUUGGUAGAGGACUGCGUUCCUGUUCUAAAAAAGUAUGUUGAGGAAGGGAAGACGUUUGAUUACGUCAUCAAUGACCUCACAGCGGUCCCCAUCUCCACAGCGCCAGAGGAGGACUCUACAUGGGAGUUCCUACAGCUUAUCUUGGAUCUCUCAAUAAAAGUACUGCGUCCUACUGGGAAGUACUUCACACAGGGUAAUAGUGCCAAUCUGACUGAGACACUGGCUCUUUAUGAGGAGCAGCUGGGAAGGCUCUCAUGUCCUGUAGACUUCUCCAAGGAGGUGGUGUGUGUGCCCUCUUAUAUGGAACUGUGGGUUUUCUACACCGUUUGGAAGAAGUGAAGAGCCCCCCCGUCUCCUGUACGCUGCCUGCCGGAAUGUGAAAACUGUCCACCCCCCCAUUGUCCGCCGUCGCACUGAGGGGAGAGAUGACCCCCCCCCCCAUCUCUACUCACACGGUUUUGUUAUCCUUCCAUGUCCAACUCUCUCUUAAACCCUUUUUACAUCUUAAUUGUAUAAUUUUAUGUCCGAACUUACAAGAGAUUGUAUUUCUGUUAGUUGGAUAUUUUGAAUUGGACUGUUGUUUUUGCGUGUGCCCUCCAGGGAGAGCUGUGGGGCUGACCGUGUAGGGCUACUGCCACUGGUCUAGGGUUUAGACUUCUCUGACUAUAGCCUGGUCCCAGACCUGUCUAGGUUUGAGACUUCUCUGACUAUAGCCUGGUUCCAGACCUGUCUAGGGUUUAUACUUCUCUGACUAUAGCCUGGUUCCAGACCUGUCUAGGGUUUAUACUUCUCUGACUAUAGCCUGGUCCCAGACCUGUCUAGUUUUUAGACUUCUCUGACUAUAGCCUGGUUCCAGACCUGUCUAGGGUUUAGACUUCUCUGACUGUUGUGUAGUUGUCAUGCCAUACAUGUUACAUGUUUUAUACAUAGCUGGGCAACAAUUCUCAGAGGAGUUGGCUAAAUAUCAUACAGGUCUGGGACCAGGCUAUAGUCGGAGGUCUAAAGCCUAGACAGAUCUGGGACCAGUAUUUAAACACUCUUGGUACACUUACCCCUCAGGGUGUUGUUACUUUUCAAAUUUGACUUAAAACAGCACCAACAUACAAUAUACUUUUGGGUUGUGAUUGUGUGAUAGGACAUCUGCUGUCUGUGCGUUUGAUUGUUUUUCUUCUUUUGUUGUAGCUAACUGUCUUGAGUGUGAUUUGAUUCCCAGUCCUUUCCAAGUGUGACCCUGCCCAUUGAGGCUGAAGUGUCCAAAUGUGUUUUUCAAAGGGAAAAAGGCCCUCCUUUGUGUCGGUUUCUUGCUUGUACUGCUUUAAUGUGAAUUGUGUUUUUAUUAUUUAGCACCUCUAGCUUCUCCUGCUGGAUCUUAUUUUACGUAUUCAGUUUAGAAUUUUUCUCUAAGUUUGUUUGGUGCAUGUGCUGGAAAUUUAAAUAUUUUAAUUGAAUGUAGCUUCCCAUAUACACAGUGCAACUUCAUGCCUUUGAUCAAUAUUGUGGUGCUUUGUUAAAUGUAUUUAUUUGAUAUAAUUUCACCAAAUGCUGUUUUAUCCAAAAUACCUUUUUGUUCAGCAGUGACUACCUGCUAUUAAAAAUGAGUUGGAGAAGAAAAUGUUUUUCUUGAUUCAGAGGAGUAUAUCAGAUAUCUUAGCUAGCAGUCACAACUGACAGACAAUUUGGGUGUUUCUACUGAAAGUCCAGAAUCAUACCAAUGCAAACAUGAAGAGCAAACUCAAUACUUUGAAUACAGAUUUGCUUGUACUUCCUUUGGAAAUUCAUUCUACCAUGAGCAAUGUUGAUUUCAAUAAAACUUCCCCUUUAUUAACACGAACUUCAAUCAUUUGAUUACCCUGCUCCUGAUGUCUACGGACGCUGUAAAAAUGUGUCCUUAGUUUUUUAUUCGGGGUGUAGAGAACCCAUCAAGUUAUCUACCAACCACAUGAUCUACUCCUAUGUUGUAGCAGACACUCUUAUCCAGAGCGACAUACAGGAGCAAUUAGGGUUAAGUGCCUUGCUCAAGGGCACAUCGACAGAUGUUUCACCUGGUCCGCCCAGGGAUUCGAACCAGCAACCUUUUUGUUACUGACCCAAUGCUCUUAAUCACUAAUCACUUAAUCACCUGCUGAAUGUGCUGAUAAAGCUGCUGAAAUGACACUUCCAACCUGGAGCAAUGCUUGUAUUCUGGGAAGCUGCUGUAUACACCUAAUAAGAUUGCAAUUUUAAUUGCGAACAUUACACCACAGCACACAUACCUGUGUGUGUCGUCACAACUCUUUCCUCUGUUUUAACUGUAUUUGCCCCACCUUUCCUCCAUCUUUCCCCUAGAUCGGUCUUUUGUGGCGCCAUGAAUAAAGCAUUUGACAUUGU